CUGCAGGCAUUUUCUGUAGCGCUCGUCCUCUGUAUAGUGUGCUGAGACAGACUGCCUCUGUUGUCUUUAUCUGGCAGGAAUAAACAGAAUGGCUACAGCCCAGUCAGUGGUAAUGUUUGCUGUGUGCAUCUUGAUGAUAACAGAGCUUAUACUGGCCAGAAAGGACUACUAUGACAUUCUAGGCGUGCCAAAAGACGCCAGCGAACGCCAGAUUAAGAAGGCUUUUCACAAGCUAGCUAUGAAAUACCACCCUGAUAAGAACAAGAGCCCUGAUGCUGAAGCAAAGUUCAGAGAAAUAGCAGAAGCAUAUGAAACAUUAUCUGAUGAGAAGAGGAGAAGAGAGUACGACCAAUCAGGGCACAGCCCUUUUUUCAGUGAGAACAUUAGGGGCGGGGCCGGGCAGCACUUCUACCAGCCCUUUGACUUCAACUUUGAUGACAUGUUCAGAGACUUUGACAUUUACAGUCAGAACCAGCAUACUCGCCAAAAGAGGCACUUUGAGGACCAUUUCCGAACCCACCAGCAGGCCCAUGGACGCCAUAAGAAACAUUUCCAGGGGGCAUUUGGUGCAGGGGUCUUUGACGACAUGUUUGAUGACAUGGAGAAGAUGUUUACAGUGGACAGACACAGCAGGCGAUCUGAGAGCAGGUUUCAGAGCACAGUGAAACAGCAGUGUAGGACAGUGACCCAGCGCAGAGGGAAUAUGGUCACUACCUACACAGACUGCACGUCCUCCUGAAACCCAGGCAGAACCUCUGCAUGCUGGGCCUCAUUAAACCGCCUGCACUCUGGGCCAUUAAGCUAUUUGAUUGGGUCUGGAAUACAGACACAUUUAUCAGUUUGCUGCUGUGAUCUGAAUGAAGUUCUUCAUUUUCUUAUGAGUGAAAUCUAAUUUAUUACAGAAGGGUUAAAUGAGUGGUGUUUUUCACAGGUAACCAUGACAACUGAUCUCUAUCCCUUUCUCUUUCUUUCUCUCUGUCUGUCUGUCUCCUUCUCUCGCUCUCUCACACUCUCUCUCACUCACUCACUCACUCAUGCACACACACACACAUACAUCCAGUACAUGUGUGACACCUGUUAAGCUAUAGAUGCCAUAUUUUUGAUUUUUCAGUCAGCAAAACUGAUACUGAGAGACUUCUAGUGCCUCUUUGUUUUACUUUAGCAUAUUGGCCUCUGAUCACAGUAUUUUGAGAUAAUGUAACUGUUUUCAUUGUUUGAUUCACUGAAUAAGGUAGUCAGUGAGGCAUAUUCUCCAACCAAUCCAUUGAAAGGAUGCUUCUGUACCAGUCACUAGUUGGCUUUUUGGUUUUGUCUGCUCAAUUGCAGACCCCUUUUAAGCCAUUUUGAUGAACAAAUAGCUGAGUUAAUCUCUUUACUCACCUGCCCAUUCUGCAGGUGAAAACAUAGCUGGCCACACAGGGAAUAUUUCUUUUCUUUUUGAUAUUAUGAAAUCACUCCACUAACAGCCCAACACACCAUUCGCAGAAAAAAAACAAUCAUUUAUUGAUGAAUUCACGUUAUGAAAAAUGUUUUACUUUAAUGCUUAUGUUGCUCUCUGCAAAGAAAAUGAUGUUGAUUUUGCUUUCUGUUUUCUGCUUUUCAACAGUAUUCUGGUUGUGGUUGUAUUUAUUUAUAUGGAUUGUUUAAUAAUUAUCAGAGGUGCCUUUCCCUCAUAAUCUUCAGCAAAUCGCAUGAACAGGACUGUGUAUCCAAAUUCAACAGAAAUAUACACAAGCACUUUCACAGCAAAUAUACAUACACA